UUCGGCUUUCCGCUCGGACGCUCGCCUCCAUCGGGGCCAAUCUGUUUUUUGCUGCCAUACCGCACCGAAAUAUGCAGUGGACUAUCGUACCUACUGCUAACUCGAUAUCAAACAGCAUAGCACGUGAUACAACAGUGCGCCGGGAAAUUUCAUCAAAUUUGUCAGUCAGUGAAUAUAAAAACAACGAAGUUAAUUGUGUUAAAGCUGUGUACUUCACGAAAAACUCCAAGCUAUCGGACACUGCUUUUUUGGGUGUGCUUUAAAGGAUAAGUGGUGGAUUUGAACUUGGAAGCGGAAAAGUUGCGGUCAGAGAGACACUGCAGAGCGGGUUGAUAGCAAAGUUAAUAAAAAGAUGGCUGCAAAAAUGAAAUUAAUUGAGCUAAUGCUAUGGAUUGGUCUAUUGGGUCUGAUUCCUGCAGGGAUGACUAUCGACAUUCCCGGUUAUUGUGAUCAUCACACAAUCAUUACCAGCCAGUAUGAGGAAUAUUUCGAAAUCGACGCUUUGGGUAACAACCGGUCGGAUAAGGUCGUAGUUGAUUUUGUUUUGUACGUUCAGCUGUCCAAUAUGCAAGAGGAGAUUGCCCUACUACUUUCCACCAGUAAUCGCUCCAUGCAGCACCCGGACUACGAAAAAACCUACGAAAUCCGUAUCAGUAAUGUUUACACCGUCAUCUACAAGGAAACGCUCCGCAUGUCGGCUCACCACAGCCACUCCUUCAACUUCUUUCCGGCGGAACAUUUUCAAAUACACAUCAAAAUCACCCGCAAGGGAAUGAUAACCGUACAGAUCGACGGUUUGGCCAAACCAAUCCUCUCGGUGGUGGAUGAACAUCCGGUCAUCGAUGUACACUACAUAAGCUUCGGAUCCCGAAUGAACGCCUACCCAAUCACCUGGUAUUUCCACUGUCGCGAUCCUCCCACAACUCCGUUACCGGCAACAGCUAAACCAGGCGAGGACGAAGGUGACGAUCAUUUCAGCCAGAACGAUGCCGCCGAACUGGACGAAAACAAGUGCCCUGUCUGCCCGAAACCUGCUAAGUGUGAAGUUGUGGUUCGAGCUUGUUCCGACACCGCCCAGGAUUUGAUGCAGAUGAGUGACGCCGAGAAGCAAAAGUACUUCUUCUACUUUAAUGUGUAUCUCAGCAAGAACGGUAAAAACGCUAAAGCGAUUGCUUCCGAUUUCAACGGGGCAACCAACACGAACAAAAUAGAUUAGACGAUUUGGUGGUGAUAAUACUCUCCUAAAUCAAGUACAAGCACGGCAUAUCGAUUGUAUACUCUUUCUUCCGAUUGAUCUUUAGAUGAUUCUAUGAUGGGAAUGCGACAGAGCACUUUUAAUCUACUGAGUAGGAAACUGUGUUUUCAACAUAUCGAAGAUCAAGACAUUUCAACUAAGCUCUGUCUCAUUCUUGAUUUCUAUCGUUGUUACUUCCAACUCCUCUACGUAGAUUAGACUUUUUCUCUUCUAAUUAUAGAUGUACCGUAAUAUUUCUCCUCAAUUUCACUAACUCACCACUCAAACUUUCUUGUUAAUAAGCAAAAAAAAAAUACUUGAAUGUUCAGGAAACAUAAAAACAUCAAUGACAAUAAGUAGAAGCAAAUUACUGAUCCAACGUGUUUUUUAAAAAGAAAACUUUCCUUAUUGAUUCGUGAUAGCUUUUUAUUGAGUUGUCAGUUGGAAACCUCCUAUUUGUAAGCGCUUAGCAUUGACAAUCAGAAUUUUUCCUAAAUCUUGCUUUUUUCAAGAUAGAAGAAAUAGUGUUGUUCGAUGACAACUCUUCUUAAUAGAGACGUGCGAACGCAAUUGGGAUUUAUUUUCGUCAAUUCAAAAUUUUAGGCAAACCAGUUGGCUUCAAUGAAGAAUCUUGAGAAGUAUUGAACAAAGGUAAACAUAGUUUUGGCCCUAGAGCUCAAACUGGAAAAAAUGAGAUAUUAUAGCAUUCCUGUGAAUUUCGGUACACCAAGAACGGAAAACUUUUUCAGAGCGUUAAAGCGUAAAUAAAGUAAAUAAAGUAAAUAAAGCGUUAAAGCGACGAACCUGGCGAGCAGCUACAAUGCAAAAUUACUCACAGGAAUGGUUAAACUCCACAAUUCACAGGAAUGGCUAAAAAUCUACAUUCUUUCUAAGACAACAACUUUCAGCUCUGGGGCCGCAUAUAUUUUUCUCUUCUGUCGAACAGUGUAAUUCAAGCAUCUUGUAGAAACUAUACCAUUCAUAAAAUUCCCAGAGUUAACUAGUUAAAUAGUAAAAAUUUAUUAGAUCUCAUCGAACUUUAAAAAAAUGCA